AUGGGGGGCGGCGGCGCGGCCGCCCAUUGGCUGACGCGUCUCUCCGACGAGCCCCCUCACCCUGCGCAGGAGCCACGUCCGGGCGCUCCGCUGGCCACGCCUCAGUCCGCCUGCGCCCCUCGGCCUCGCCGUCAGGCGCUGCUUCUCCUCGCUCGUCCAUCUCUGCUUCCUCUGCCCAGUCAAGCCGGGCGGUGGGUACGAGCAGGCCUAACAGCAGCCCCGGUGCCUGAAGCCAGCCUCAGCUCCUUCUCGAGCCCCUCUGUGGGAACACUGGCUGCCGUCAUCAUGUCUGCUGCAGAUCCUGACACUCCAAACUCAACCACCUCCAGAGAGGCCAGCACCCAGUCUUCAUCAGCUGCCACCAGCCAAGGCUAUGUUUUACCACAAGGCAGAAUCAUGCCAAACACUAUUUUCGUUGGUGGAAUUGAUGUUAGGAUGGAUGAAACCGAAAUUAGAAGCUUCUUUGCUAGAUACGGUUCAGUGAAAGAAGUGAAGAUAAUCACGGAUCGAACUGGUGUGUCCAAAGGCUAUGGAUUUGUUUCAUUUUAUAAUGACGUGGAUGUGCAGAAGAUAGUAGAAUCACAGAUAAAUUUACAUGGUAAAAGGCUGAAACUGGGCCCUGCAAUCAGGAAACAAACUUUAUGUGCUUAUCAUGUGCAGCCACGUCCUUUCGUUUUUAAUCCUCCUCCUCCACCACAGUUUCAGAGUGUCUGGAGUAAUCCAAACACGGAAGCUUACAUGCACCCUCCAACCAUGAUGAAUCCUCUAACUCAGUAUGUUCAGGCUUAUCCUCCUUAUCCAAGUUCACCAGUUCAGGUUAUCACUGGAUAUCAACUGCCUGUUUAUAAUUAUCAGAUGCCACCGCAGUGGCCUGCUGCGGAACAAAGGAGUUACGUUAUUCCUCCGGCGUAUACAGCUGUUAACUACCACUAUAAUGAAGUUGAUCCAGGAGUUGAAGUUUUGCCAAGUGAAUGCUCAGUUCUUGAAGCUACUGCAUCCUCUGGAAAUGGCCCACAAAAGAAAUCUGUGGACCGAAGCAUACAGACAGUGGUAUCUUGUCUAUUUAAUCCAGAGAACAGAUUGAGAAACUCCUUUGUUACUCAAGAUGACUACUUCAAGGAUAAACGAGUUCAUCACUUCAGAAGAAGUCGAGCAGUGCUUAAGUCUGUUUGAUCCUCUGC